AUAACUCUCUAAAACCACAGAAACUGACCCCGUAAUAGCCUAAGGAUAUGAGCUUUUAAAUGAGAUUAAAACAUAUAAACAAGUUUAAGACCGUUUUUAAAUUUCACGUCUCAGUUGCAAUUAUUCAGUUAGUUGGUGAGAUAACUCUGUUGAUUUGUUGCUGAGGAUUUUUAUUAAGGACGUAUUUAGCGAGAGAGGAAAAUAUCACAAUGGGAAAAUUGUACAUUUUGCUCUUGUUAGCCCUGCUAUGCAUAUCCAUGGUCACCUCGAUUGAUAAUAGCUGCCCAUUAUCAAACCAAAUGACUUCCUGUUCCCCAAAAUGCAAAGACGACUCUGAAUGUUUUGGGAAAAAAUGUUGCCCGAACGUUUGCAACAUGAAAUCUUGCGUACCUGAUCAUUUGAAAGACUCCACAAAGGAUGGAUAUAAAAAUCAAAACUCCAAAACAGCCACAGGAAGUUAUUGCGGUAAUGUCAAGUGUAACUCCUACGAAAGAUGUGAAAUGGAUAGGAGCACCAAGAGGCAAAAAUGUGUCAGACAUUGAAGAAUUGUUGCUGAUGAAAAUAUUAUGUUUAGAAUAAAAUAGUUUUCUUGAUGAAAACACUAAUAUUUGCCACACACACAUUAUAUGUACACACCUUGAAUAAUAUUUAUAUAGGUUUCUUAAUUUUUAUAUGUAUAUUUAAUAUUGUAUGUAAAUCUUGAUAAAAUUAAAUGAAUUUAUUUCAAAACGUCCAAAACAAUGAAAAGAAUACUUUAGGUAGUUUUAACAUAAUAAUAAUAUUGUCUUUAAAAAUAAUUGCUAACAGACUAAAAACUGUCAAAUAAAUAUUUUUACCAACACAAAACUGAUCAUUGAAUAUUAUGUGACCAAUUUGGAACCCAACGUACGUGAGGCCUUUUCCAGUCUCUUCUGAUGCUGCUCCCAAGCUCGUUUUUCCCUCUCUAGUCUCUUUUGCUCUCUAAGUACUUUUUGGGCCUCUUCGUCUAAGAGCUGUUCUCCAUCCCAACCACUAUUUUCAUCCCAUUCUCCUAAUUCACCAGACG